CCGGGCCGUCUCGCCCCCGAGGCCCGGCGCCCGAGUUAGUUUCCGGCAGGGCCUUCGCGGGGCUCAGACCGCUGGGCCAUGGAGGUCGUGGCUCUGGGUUUCCUGCUCCUGGUCGUGGCAGGGAGCUCGGCCGGAGACGAGGCCCGGGAGGCGGAAGCCGUGCGGGCGCUGCUAGCCCGGCUGCUGGGGCCCGGGCCGGCAGCCGCCUUCUCGGUGUCGGUGGAGCGCGCCCUGGCGGCCGAGUCCGGCCUGGACACCUAUCGCUUGAGCGGCGGCGGCGCGGGGGCGCGAGUGCAGGUGCUCGGCUCCACCGGCGUGGCCGCUGCCGCAGGGCUGCACCGCUACCUGCGUGACUUCUGCGGCUGCCACGUGGCGUGGUCCGGCUCCCAGCUGCGCCUGCCGCAGCCGCUGCCCGCCGUGCCCGAGGAGCUGACCGAGGCCACGCCCAACAGGUACCGCUAUUACCAGAACGUGUGCACACAGAGCUACUCCUUCGUGUGGUGGGACUGGGCCCGCUGGGAGCAGGAGAUCGACUGGAUGGCGCUGAAUGGCAUCAACUUGGCACUGGCUUGGAGUGGCCAGGAGGCCAUCUGGCAGCGGGUGUACCUGGCUUUGGGCCUGACCCAGUCAGAGAUCAAUGAAUACUUCACUGGUCCUGCCUUCCUGGCCUGGGGGCGCAUGGGUAACCUGCACACCUGGGGUGGCCCCCUGCCCUUCUCCUGGCACCUCAAGCAGCUUUACCUGCAGCAUCGGAUCCUGGACCGGAUGCGCUCCUUCGGUAUGAUCCCUGUGUUGCCUGCAUUUGCAGGGCAUGUCCCCAAGGCUAUCACCAGGGUGUUCCCUCAGGUCAAUGUCACCCAGAUGGACAGUUGGGGACACUUCAACUGCUCCUACUCCUGUUCCUUCCUCCUGGCUCCAGAAGACCCCCUUUUCCCUAUCGUGGGGAGCCUCUUCCUGCGGGAGCUGACCAAAGAGUUUGGCACAGAUCAUAUAUAUGGGGCCGACACUUUCAACGAGAUGCAGCCCCCAUCCUCAGAGCCCUCCUACCUCGCUGCAGCCACUGCCGCCGUCUACCAGGCCAUGACCACAGUGGACCCUGAUGCUGUAUGGCUGCUCCAAGGCUGGCUCUUCCAGCACCAGCCCCAGUUCUGGGGGCCCGCGCAGGUCGGAGCUGUGCUCGGAGCAGUACCCCGUGGCCGCCUUCUGGUUCUGGACCUGUUUGCAGAGAGUCAGCCCGUGUACAUUCGCACAGCCUCCUUCCAGGGCCAGCCCUUCAUCUGGUGCAUGCUGCAUAACUUUGGGGGCAACCACGGCCUGUUUGGGGCCCUGGAGGCUGUGAACCAAGGCCCUGCGGCUGCCCGCCUCUUCCCCAACUCCACCAUGGUAGGCACUGGCAUGGCCCCAGAAGGCAUUGACCAGAACGAAGUGGUCUAUGCCCUCAUGGCCGAGCUGGGCUGGCGGAAGGACCCAGUGACAGAUCUGGGGGCCUGGGUGACCAGCUUUGCGGCCCGGCGGUAUGGGGUCUCCCAUGGGGAUGCAGAAGCAGCAUGGAGGCUACUUCUCAGGAGUGUCUACAACUGCUCUGGCGAGGACUGUAGGGGCCACAAUCAUAGCCCGCUGGUCAGGCGGCCAUCCCUGCAGAUGGUUACCACUGUCUGGUACAACCAAUCAGAUGUAUUUGAGGCCUGGCGGAUGCUGCUAACAGCCACUCCCACCCUGGCCACCAGCCCGCUAUUCAGCUACGAGCUUGUGGACAUCACUCGUCAGGCGAUCCAGGAGCUGGUCAGCUUGUACUAUGAGGAGGUGAGGACCGCCUACCUGAACAAGGAUCUGGUUACCCUGUUUAGGGCAGCAGGCAUCCUGGCCUACGAGCUGCUGCCCUCACUGGACAACAUACUGGCUACCGAUAGCCACUUCCUCUUGGGCAGCUGGCUGGAGCAGGCCCGGGCGGCAGCAGUCAGUAAGGCUGAGGCCUCUUUCUAUGAACAGAACAGCCGCUACCAGCUGACCCUUUGGGGGCCAGAGGGCAACAUUCUAGACUAUGCCAACAAGCAGCUGGCAGGACUGAUAGCCAAUUACUAUACCCCCCGCUGGCGGCUCUUCAUGGAGAUGCUGGUUGAGAGCCUGGUCCAAGGCAUUCCCUUCCAACAGCACCAGUUUGACAAGAAUGCCUUCCAGCUAGAGCAGACCUUCGUCUUCAGCACACAGAGGUAUCCAAACCAGCCCCAAGGCGACACUGUGGACCUAGCCAAGAAGCUCUUCCUCAAAUAUUACCCCCGAUGGGUAGCUGGCUCUUUGUGACAGAUUACCCCCCAGGCCAUGUUCCCCCUAAGCUUCAGGCCUGGGCAGGUUCCCAGGGCCCGGAACUGGGCAAGCACCGCUGUAGGUCCCCAAGCCUGGGCGAAGGAACUCACGACCUGCUGGUAGGAUCGGGCUUAGGAAGUUUGGAGGGAAGUGAGCUGCCCUCCUCCACCACCCCAAAUUGGGAUCAGAGUACUGUUUUAAUACAACUUAAUAAACUGAUGAAUCACCUA